AUGUUGAGAUAUCCGCUCAUCAGAACUGGCCCAGCCACCAGCAGAAACCUACAAGGCAUUAUAUCUCACUAUCCAUCGGUGUAUUCCUGUCCAGCUUGCCUCCAGUUCCGAGCUGUACAGUCCGCGCAAAACCCCUAUCAGUCUUCUGCGACCGCAGAAGAGGAAACCGACUUCGACCGAAAUAUCCUCAAUCCAGAACGAUAUGAGACUUGCAAAUGGGGCGCCGACGACGAAGUGGGUCGUCACAAGAUAUCCUACGAUCCGUCUAUGACCACCCCGGAAAGUGAGAUGACAGCCGAAGAGGAAGUAUUCAAACUUGAAGGUGAAUAUCAUAGUCCGCUCUAUGUCAGUCCUGCCAAUCGGGAAGUCAGUGAGCUGUUGGAUCCGAUGGUUGGGGGCGCUGUUCACUGUGCGGAUAGGUCGGGCCCAAGUGCAAGGGGCUGGACGAGGAAACAUAAGGAGAUUCAUAUUAAGAAUGUACCGGGAAGUCGGUACGAGCAAUAUCAGAAGAGUCUGGAGAAGUUGAGGUCGCAGAAAGCGAGUGCUGAGAAAGCUUAG